AGGACACGCAGAAACCUCCAAAGUCAGCAACAUGGUUGAGUGGACAGAUUUCGAGCGCGCUACCAUCCAGGACAUCUUCUCCAAAAUGGAUUAUGAGUCCGUGGGACACAACGCCCUGGCAAGGUGUCUGGUUGUGUACCCCUGGACCCAGAGGUACUUCGCCAAGUUUGGAAACCUGUACAACGCCGCUGCUAUCAUGGGAAACCCCUUGGUUGCUGCUCACGGCGCAGUUGUGCUCCAUGGUCUGGACAAAGCUGUGAAGAACAUGGACAACAUCAAGGCUACCUACGCUGAACUGAGCGUGCUGCACUCUGAGAAACUGCACGUGGAUCCCGACAACUUCAGGCUGUUGGCUGAUUGUCUUACCGUCGUCGUUGCCUCUAAACUGGGGACUGGUUUCACAGCUGAUGUGCAGGCAGCUUUCCAGAAGUUCCUGGCUGUUGUCGCCUCUGCUCUGACAAAACAGUACCACUAG